CCCUGCUUCUAGCGUGAGGUCAGCGUAAUUAACCCUUCAUGGCCGGUACCAAUUAACGUGCCGGGGCAGAUGAGCACGCGGGGCGCCAUGGAGUACAGCAGAGCCAGCACCCGGCGGAGCAGCACCAGCAUCAAGGAGGAGGACGGGAAGAUGAGCAGUUCCGAAGAGGUCUCCUGGAUUUCCUGGUUCUGUGGCCUGCGUGGAAAUGAGUUCUUCUGUGAGGUGGAUGAGGACUAUAUCCAGGACAAGUUUAACCUGACGGGGCUGAAUGAGCAAGUCCCCCAUUACCGCCAGGCGCUCGACAUGAUCCUCGACUUGGAGCCAGAUGAGGAGCUGGAAGAUAACCCCAACCAGAGCGACCUGAUCGAGCAGGCGGCCGAGAUGUUGUACGGGCUGAUCCACGCCCGGUACAUCCUCACCAACCGUGGCAUCGCCCAGAUGCUUGAGAAAUACCAGCAGGGGGAUUUUGGCUACUGCCCUCGGGUCUAUUGUGAAAACCAGCCCAUGCUGCCCAUUGGCCUGUCCGACAUCCCCGGCGAGGCCAUGGUGAAGCUCUACUGCCCCAAGUGCAUGGACGUCUACACCCCCAAGUCUUCCCGCCACCACCACACGGACGGCGCCUACUUCGGGACCGGCUUCCCCCACAUGCUCUUCAGUGAGUACAGGCCCAAGCGGCCAGCCAAUCAGUUCGUCCCCAGGCUCUACGGCUUUAAGAUCCACCCCAUGGCUUAUCAGCUGCAACUGCAGGCCGCCAGCAACUUCAAGAGCCCUGUCAAGACCAUCCGCUGAUCCUUUGCCCAUCUCCUCAGCCAGCUCCUUUUCCUCCACCGUUUCCACCUUGGACAGGGCCACUUUGAUUUUUUUGGGGGAGAGGUCCCCUUGGACUGGUCUGAAUUCCUUUCCCCUCCCCCCCCAAGCUUUCCCCCCUCGUGUCUGAUUUUCAUUCCUU